AUGCAACAUUUAAAGAAACCACAAUUGGAGAUUGAAAAUCACAAUUGUAGAUGCCUACUCAUCCUCUGGUACCUAGCUGGCACCUGCGCUACUUCUCCCCACUAUCAACCCCUAGGUCCAUACUAUGCCGCAUGCUUCCUGCUGCGCUACUCCAUGCUACAUUCUCCCUACUGUGCUGCUCCCUGCUGCAUCCUCCCUGCUGUGCUACUCUCUGCUACAUCCUCCCUGCUGUGCUACUCUCUGCUACAUCCUCCCUGCUGUGCUACUCUCUGCUGCAUCCUCUCUGCUGUGCUACUCUCUGCUGCAUCCUCUCCUCCCCUGCCAUGCUGCUACUCCUCUCCUCCCUUCCUUGCUGCUACUCCUCUCAUCCCUUCCCUGCUGCUACUCCUCUCCUCCCUUCCCUGCUGCUACUCCUCUCCUCCCUUCCCUGCUGCUACUCCUCUCCUCCCUUCCCUGCUGCUACUCCUCUCCUCCCUUCCCUGCUGCUACUCCUCUCCUCCCUUCCCUGCUGCUACUCCUCUCCUCCCUUCCUUGCUGCUACACCUCUCUUCCCUUCCUUGCUGCUACACCUCUCCUCCCUUCCUUGAUGAUGCUCCUCUCCUCCCUUCCCUGCUGCUGCUCCUCUCCUCCCUUCUCUGCGGCUGCUCCUCUCCUCCCUUCCCUGCUGCUGCUCCUCUCCUCCCCUCCCUGCUGCUGUUCCUCUCCUCCCUUCCCUACUGCUGCUCCUCUCCUCCCUUCCCCGCUGCUGCUCCUCUCCUCCCUUCCCUGCUGCUGCUCCCCUCCUCCCUUCCCUGCUGCUGCUCCUCUCCUCCCUUCCCUGCUGCUACUCCUCUCCUCCCUUCCCUGCUGCUGCUCCUCUCCUCCCUUCUCUGCUGCUGCUCCUCUCCUCCCUUCCCUACUGCUGCUCCUCUCCUCCCUUCCCUGCUGCUCCUCCUCUCCUCCCUUCCCUGCUGCUCCUCCUCUCCUCCCUUCCCUGAUGCUACUCCUCUCCUCCCUUCCCUGAUGCUACUCCUCCUCCCUUCCCUGAUGCUACUCCUCUCCUCCCUUCCCUGCUGCUGUUUCUCUCCUCCCUUCCCUGCUGCUGCUCCUCCCCUCCCUUCUCUGCUGCCGCUCCUCUCCUCCCUUCCCUACUGCUGCUCCUCUCCUACCUUCACUGCUGCUACUCCUCUCCUCCCUUCAUUGAUGAUACUCCUCCCUUCCCUGCUGCUACUCAUCCGCUCCCUUCCCUGCUGUUACUCCUCUCCUCCCUUCCCUGCUGCUACUCCUCUCCUCCCCUCCCUGCUGCUGUUCCUCCCGUCCCUUCCCUGCUGCUGCUCCUCUCCUCCAUUCCCUGCUGCUGCUCCUCUCCUCCCUUCCCUGCUGCUGCUCCUCUCCUCCCUUCCCUGCUGCUGCUCCUCUCCUCCCUUCGCUGCUGCUGCUCCUCUCCUCCCUUCCCUGCUGCUGCUCCUCUCCUCCCUUCCCUGCUGCUGCUCCUCUCCUCCCUUCCCUGCUGCUGCUCCUCUCCUCCUUUCCCUGCUGCUUCUCCUCUCCUUCCUUCCCCCCUCCUACUCCUCACCUCUCUUCCCCCAUCCUACUCCUCUCCUCCCUUCCCUGCUGCUACUCCUCUCCUCCCUUCCCUGCUGCUACUCCUCUCCUCCCUUCCCUGCUGCUACUCCUCUCCUCCCUUCCCUGCUGCUGCUCCUCUCCUCCCUUCCCUGCUGCUGCUCCUCUCCUCCCUUCCCUGCUGCUGCUCCUCUCCUCCCUUCCCUGCUGCUACUCCUCUCCUCCAUUCUCUGCUGCAAUUCCACCAUUCAUCUCCUCUAG